AUGGGUUCUCAUUUGCGUUCAAAAGUGAUAAAAGAUUUAAAAAAUGGGAAUUCUUACUGCAAUAUUUGUUCGUUACAGUUUAAAACCAAGGUAAUUAAAGUUUGUUUUUCAUUUUACAUUUAUAUAAUUCAGGUACUCACAGCGCAUUUAAAUAGUAGAAAGCACCGAGAGGUUUUAUCACAAUCAAAGGAUUCACAUACUUCGAUAUUAGCAAAACGGAAAUUAUUAGAUGACAACAAAUCUGUUACAGUUGAGGAUAUAUCAACAUCAUGCCCCAGUAAAAAGUCAAAAACUGAUCAGAAUCCCUCUAACGGAGAGAGUGCAUAUAAUUCCAAAACAGAACAGCCACCUUCUCAUUUACAUGGAGAAGGCAAACUUAUUGAAGGACUUCCUCGGGGUUUCUUCGAUGAUGAUGGAAUGAAUAACAGGGUUCGCGAAACUGUUGAGAAAACGAAACAAAUCAAUUCCGAAUUGGAGCGGUUCUACAAGGAAGUUGAAGAGAUAGAAGAUCAAAAGGAUGAUGAACAAACUACAAUGAAAUUUCAUCUACUGAAUAGACAUCGUCUUAAUUUGGUCCCAUAUUUGCUCAUCGGUGGAGAACUAUGGUGGUAUGGUGACGAGAAAACUCCCGCAAGUCUUUCGUUCCAAAGUCCGAGUAGUGAUAAACGUCGACACGUCUGUUACGAGGCCGAUGGUUUCUAUUUACUGCCCGAAGAUCUCGACAAAUGGGAACAUGGAGGAGUUGCUCUUAUGACUGGAACCAAAGUAGAAAAGGUCGAUGCAGAAAAUAAUUUUGUUCAGCUGCAGGAUGGGCGGAAGAUUGAAUAUGGAAAGUGUCUUAUUGCAACUGGUAGUAUUCCGCAUCAUAAAAGUAUUCUGGAAGAAAAUGCAGAACUUAAAACAAAUAUUUCAGUUAUCUAUGACAUUGAAGAUUAUCGAAGAUUACAUUGUAAAUUGGAAGUAUUGGCAAACUCAUUAGAUGAUGAAGCGUCGACUAGUGAAUCGUUCAAAAAUAUUGUUAUAUUGGGUGGUGAUAUUCUUGCCACGGAGUUGGCUUACUCACUUAAUAGGCGUUAUGCUCGCGGAAAGCAAUCAAAGUUAAGAAUAUUUCUGUUGGUUAAUGAACUAGGCGUUCUUGAUGAUAUUUUACCUGGCUCGUUGAGUGAUUAUUGUACUCAAACUCUUCAAUCACAAGGAGUGAACGUCUUACUGAACACAAAAAUUGAUGCAUUCUCAGCAGUUUCUGACAAAUAUGGCAACCGAGUUCGUCUAAAAAUCUCCCAAGAAAGUGAAAACUCUCCAUCGAAUUCGUCCAAUAGUUUAGAUGAACUGUUGUGCGAUCAUUUAAUUCUUGCUUCUGGUGCAAUGCCGGCAAUUGAGUUGGCAAAAAAUUCUAGACUUGACUUGGAUAGUGAUCUGGGUGGAAUAAUCGCUGACGAAUUUAUGCAUGUUAAAGGAAAUGUUUGGGCUGCUGGUGAUAUUUGUUCAUUCUUUGAUAGAAUAUUGGGCUACAGAAGGCGUUGUACUCAUUGGCUUCAUGCUCAAAUUACAGGACGAAUUGCGGGUGAAAAUAUGACUUCAGGAAAUAAAACGUACAUUCAUCAGGCAGGUUUUUUCUUUUUAUUACAAGGAUAUUUAUAA